AGUCUGAAUGACAUCUGCCUGGUAAUCGCUUCUACACGAUCGGACUUUUGGUCUAUAUUCGUCAUACCAUUUGCUGUGGUGUUAUCUGUAUAGAGGUUGUCGCCUUGUUUGAGAGCUGUAAUUAAACUAUCGCCAUCAUGUCGGACGUAACUACCAUCUACAUGAACACGCCUCCCAUUGCCAGGACGAUCACCACAGCUGUGUUCUUGUGCUCUGUUGGGGUCUACACUCACAUGUUAAACAUCGAGCCCUUCGUCUUCAACGUCGCACGACUUCUUAAGUGGCCUCCCGACAUCUAUCUACUCGUUACGAGUUUCCUAAUAACCUGGCCCCAAUUGAGCGUACUGUUUGACACAUACUUUGUAUACACAUACUUGAGUCAGCUCGAGAAUAACAGCUCUAAAUUUCCCAAAAAGGAAGAUAUGCUGUGGUAUCUCAUUUUUGUCGCCAGUGUCAUAAUUCCCUUGAAUGGCCUCCUAACCAGUGGGUAUUUAUUACUAGAUGCGAUGCUUAUCGCAUUAUGCUACACGGCGACGCAGGAUCAGAGAGGCAUGAAGGCGCACUUCUAUGUUGUCAGCGUUCCUGCACAACUGAUGCCUUACUGUUUGCUUCUCACCUACCUUCUUUUCAGCGGCGUUGAUCGCAUGAUGGUUGGGCUUACCGGCCUUAUCGCUGCUCACCUACACGACUUUCUGACUCGGAUAUAUCCUGAGUUCGGAAAUGGCCCUAACCUCAUCCCCACCCCGGGGUUCUUGUCGUGGAUCAUGAGAACUCCUGGCACCCGAAAUACCGUUUACGGCUCGGCGACGGUGCCUCCGGCAGACAAGGGUAGCCGGAGUGGCCCUCUACCUAACUCGUGGAGGGCCAAGGGCCCUGGUCGGCGUCUGGGUUGAGGUCCAGCAGUAGGCGACAGUCAGUGAGACCACUUUAAUGAGACAUGAUGUAAGAAUGCAUGUGUACAAAUAUCAAGCCAUAUCAGUUCCGUUUCUUGAGUUAUGGUCAAUAUUGUGAUCGUGUAUGAUACUUGCAUGGCUAAUUGUAUGCCACCGCAAGUUUCUCUUCGAUGUCCAAAGCGCACUUAAAUAUACAAAAAAAACUUCAUGCUACUUGAAUACCUAUGAUACAU